CACCAUCACUGAUCAUUUUUCCUUCCCUUUGCCACGAGCUGGUGCCGUAUACUCCGUCCUUGCGAACCCUUUCCUCCGUGUUCCUUGCAUCACCCCGGAACCGCAAACACAAUGUCCACCGCCAGCUCAGCAGCAAGCCAUACACGCUCCUUGUAUCGCCGCCUUCUGCGCGAACUCCCUCCUCUCCCCGGUCCCCGGCACAGACACCCACGCACGCCCAUCCACUCCAGCAUCCGGUCGCACUUCUCUCAACCCCUGGCCGACACAUCUGCCGAAUACGCUCUCGCCCGCAGGCAAGAAAUCGAGCAGUUCGUCGCGUACCUCCGCGCGCAGCGCAUGUACGGCACGCUUCUCCAGCGGUACAAUCCGGGCAUGGGCAUGGACGAAGAGGAGCGUGUCCGACUCUCGGCCAGACGUGUCGGGAUGGAGAUGCCUAUUGAGUGGAAGAAAUGAGAAAACUUUGUAUUACAGAGGGUACGGCAACAGCACUUCCGUCUAGCAGUAACAGGUCUUAUUUCCGGUGUGGGCUGAGGCAUGGACGAGGAGGUACUAGCACGGCUAUCCAAGAGGAGCAUGGGCGUGAAGGGAGAUGCGCAUUGAACGAAAACAGCUGGGUUCGGAAGCAGAGGCAGAGGCAGAUAGUCUCAUUCCCAAGUCCAAACUUCUGGCUAAACGUCUGAACGAAGCAAGAGAAAGUUGGGGAUCAGGACUAUCGACGAGGCAGACUGAAGACCGUGUGGUCCGACAAGAAACCAUACGUCAGGAAUAUAUCUGGGGCGUCAAGAGGCGGAAGAGUAUCGUCACAAGGACAUCGCCACACCUCAAGCAUAUCAAUAGCUGGAUGAUCAGGCCGAAAUUAUCUGGUCUGGUGGGGAACAAGUCCUUCUCUAGUCGAGAGAUCUCGUCCUAGUGUACGGGAUCGAUUGGAAUGGCGAGAGCAUGUCUGUCCAUGCCAGUCGGUGGUCCUCCCGAUGCUCUUCUCGAACGACCAGAAAUUGCAGCACCGGCAGAUAUUUAACUACAUUGUGAACAUGCUUGCCACGCAGAACCAGACGACACACAUCCGAGACUCGACGCCAGGUUUCGCAGGAUGGCUUUUUUCCUUGGAGAAGAUGGGUACGAAUCAAGGCGGGCCAUAGCAAAUGUGCUGUGAGCAGUUGGCUUCAAAUUGACAGUAUCGGGGGCGAAAGAUGUGUUUGGUUCAGUCCAUCUCGAAAUUGCUUGCUCGAAACGACGAUGCUUCGAAACGACCGCAAGCAGAGAAAGUGGAACACGACUGAUGGGUAUAUAUUUUGAGAAUAACAGGGAGGUACUCCAGCACGCCCAAAUUCAAGCACGAUUAUACCAUCAAUAUUGUCCCAUCCACAUCACAAUAAGCUCCUUCCUGCGCCUCCUCCUCGAUCUCGAAGUACCAUUGUUACCGGGCAAUAUCAUGUGCCGACUCAACCUCAUCAGCCAUCAAAUGUAUCAAUGUUUCU